AUGGAUCACGAAGACUAUAAGUACAUCGUGGUGGCAGCCUAUCGAUGCCAAAGGGAGUACAUGAAUGAAAAGGCGGCGGAGUUUUUGGACAAGGAUCUAUAUGUACCGGAUGGUCCUGAUGACCAAGAAGGAGACGCUCCUAUGGAACUCGUGGAGGAACAUCGGCCUGAUGAAGUUCCGUCAGAUCCUGAGGGUGAUGAAGGUGAUCAAAAACAUGAUCCUGGCGGACCAGAAACUUUGGAUGAUGCAGUUGAAGGACUGGCCCAACGUGAUGAGUGGAUUACUGUCUACUUGACACGGCCUUUGAGGGGCCGAACGACGCACUAUGUGGUUCAAGCCGCUGAGGAGAUCUUGUUGCAGCUGAAACAGACUGGGCUGCAUGCCUUGGCAGGCGGUGACCCAGCGGGAAACAGUACCGCAGAGUUGGGCAUAAAAUGGGCCAAGGCGGCCGGGUCGAGAUGGAAACGGGGCUGGUAUCGAGGACCAGCGAUGGAUGUUAAGAGGGGUCACCUGAUUGCCAGAGAAGAUGGUGGCCUCACUGUCGCGAAGAGCGUGAAGUUUGGAGCCCUUGACCCCGAAAACGAGGUGAAAGGAAUCCGUUUUAUAGCCAUAGCGGAGGGUCUCCCUGAGGUUGGGGAAGAAAUCCAGAAUUUCCUCAUGGUACACGGGCGCCUUCGUGCAUGGAGGUUUUCGGCCUUGGGAUUGGCUAUGAAUGCACAACUCGGCCUUCACCGAGAUCUACAUAACUUCCAUUUCUGCAGAAACUAUGUGUUGCCACUGCGGAGCUUUGAGAAGGGUGCACUAUGGGUACAGGACGAGGAGGAUAUGGAUAUGGGCUUCAAUGUUGAUCAUCGUGCUCUGGCGGAAGGGGACGAGGAACCUGGGGCUUUGGAGAGCUGCGCCUUUGCGGAGAUUCAUGACUAUGAUUUCCUUUGUCAAGAAGAAGGUCAAAAGCCUCUCCCCGCUCGAGAUCAUGGUGAAUGGGUUCGUGACCGAGCAGCCGCUACAAUGAUGAAGAUUGUGAAGAAGGCUGAAGUGCAGUACACCAAGGGCAUGGAGGAGCUCCUUUCCGAGAUCAAGGAGAGUGGGAAACCAUUGGAAGUGACGCACAAUGUCAGUUUGAGUGAUGUACGAAAAAGCCUGGAGGCAUGGAAACAAGCCCUCAAGGAAUUCCAGAACUUGAGGGAUUCCAAGAAUGCGUUCUCAGUGAGGAGGAGGAAUGAACUACCACAUGGGUGCAUGAUCGUUCCAUGCAAGGGUGUCUACACCGUGAAGCCAGGCAAGGGAGGUGAUGGUUUUCGGAGAAAGGCCCGGUUUGUGGCUUGUGGCAACCAUGUGCAGGAGGAGGAAGGCACUUUCGACCUCUUCGCGGCGGGUGGGUGGCUGGGUGAGGCUGUUGCGAGGGAACCUCCAGCCAUCGCUUACGAGUUGGGCCUGGCCUCGCCAGGCGAGGUCUGGUUUAUGGAACAAGCCAUUUACGGUCUGCGUGAGUCCCCAGCCCUUUGGUCCCGGUUUCGAGAUGAACAGUUGAAGUUGGCCAGAUGGACGAUGGAUGUUGAUGGAGUCCCUACAACAAUGAAGCUCCAACAAAUGGUCUCCGAUAACCUGAUAUGGAAAAUACUCCCAAAGAAUGGAGGGGAGGAGAUCUACAGGUACGUCGUGGUCUACAUCGAUGACCUGCUCCUCCAUGCCGAAGAAGGGGCCAUGAAGGGUUUCUUUGAAUGGGUUUCCGCAAAGUGGGAAGUGGACGCCUUGGACGAUCUUGACUACGACCACCCAAUACGAGUGUUGGGCAUGGAGCUACACCGAGUCCCAGGAGGAGUGGAGCUAGCCCAGCAAGGAUUCAACAAUGAGACGAGCGAGCCCUCAUUGAUGCUGAACCUUGCAUUGCGGAUCCGAAAGGACCCUGACGAAGCGAUCUCGCAGCUCGACAUCUACACAGACUCCUCCUUCGCACCGAGCGGAGGAAGAUCGCAAG